AUGAUAAAUAAUUUAUUUUCUAUUUUUGAUCCAACAACAAAUAUCUUUAAUUUAUCAUUAAAUUGACUUAGAACUUUAAUUGGAUUAUUUUUUAUUCCUUAUUCUUUCUGAAUUAUUCCUAAUCGACAAUUUAUUUUUUGAAAUUUUAUUUUAAAUAAACUUCACAAUGAAUUUAAUUUAUUAUUAGGUAAUAAUAAAUUAAAUAAAGGAUCUACUUUUAUUUUUAUUUCAUUAUUCUCUUUUAUUUUAUUUAAUAAUUUUUUAGGCCUAUUUCCUUAUAUUUUUACAAGAACUAGUCAUCUUACUAUUUCAUUAUCUAUUUCUCUUUCACUAUGAUUAAGAUUCAUAUUAUAUGGUUGAAUUAAUAAUUAUCAACACAUAUUUAUUCAUAUAAUUCCUCAAGGUACCCCUUAUAUUUUAAUACCUUUUAUAGUUUUAAUUGAAACAAUUAGAAAUAUUAUUCGUCCAGGAACUUUAGCUGUUCGACUAACUGCAAAUAUAAUUGCUGGACAUUUACUAUUAACAUUAUUAAGAAGAACUGGCAAUAAUAUAACUUUUUAUUUUUUAUUUAUUUUAAUUCUUUUACAAAUUUUAUUAUUAAUUUUAGAAUCAGCAGUUGCAGUUAUUCAAGCUUAUGUAAUUUCUAUUUUAAGAACAUUGUAUUCUAGAGAAGUUAAUUAAUUAUUAAUGUCAAUAAAUAAUAAUCAUCCAUUUCACUUAGUAGAUUAUAGACCAUGACCUUUAACAGGAGCUAUUGGUGUAAUAACAUUAGUUACAGGUAUAAUUAAAUGAUUCCAUGAAUUUAAUAUAAAUUUAAUAAUUUUAGGUUACAUAAUUAUUUUAUUAACAAUAUAUCAAUGAUGACGAGAUAUUUGUCGAGAAGGAACAUAUCAAGGAAAUCAUACUAUUUUAGUUUCUAAAGGAUUACGUUGAGGAAUAAUCUUAUUUAUUAUUUCAGAAAUUUUUUUUUUUAUUUCAUUUUUUUGAGCUUUUUUUCAUAGAAGAUUAUCGCCUAAUAUUGAAAUUGGAGCAAUAUGACCCCCUUCUAGAAUUAUUCCUUUUAAUCCUUUCCAAAUCCCUUUAUUAAAUACUAUUAUUUUAAUUACUUCAGGAGUUUCAGUAACUUGAGCUCAUCAUGCUAUCAUAGAAAAUAAUUUUUCUCAAACUACUCAAGGUCUUUUCAUUACUAUUAUAUUAGGAAUUUAUUUCACAAUUCUUCAAGCUUAUGAAUAUAUUGAAGCCCCAUUUACUAUUGCUGAUUCAAUUUAUGGUUCAACUUUUUUUAUAGCAACUGGAUUCCAUGGAUUACAUGUAAUUAUUGGUACAAUUUUUUUAACUAUUUGUUUUAUCCGUCAUUUAUCAACUCAUUUUUCCAAUAAACAUCAUUUUGGAUUUGAAGCAGCAGCCUGAUAUUGACAUUUUGUUGACGUAGUUUGAUUAUUCCUUUAUAUCUCUAUUUAUUGAUGAGGUAAUUAAUUUA